UGUCUCCCCCACUGAGAGAGCCACUCCAUCAGAGAGUGGCUGUGUGCUCGCAUCCAAGGUGUCAAGGUUGAGGAUGGGGAGAAUCUCAGGGACCCCGAAGCCCAUGCCCAGCCUGAAAGCCCGGCCUGAAGGCCCGAAGAACCUGUCCUAACAGAUUCUCCGCAGCUGUCUGGUGAUCGGUUCCGACUUCAGCCUCUCUCUGCGCCAGCGGCUCUUCAGCAUGAGAUACAGUCUCCACUUGACCUUCAUGUGUCUGAGUCUCUUCUCUGGAAGGAUGUGCAUCCAGGGGAAUCGGUUCAACAUCGAGGUCGGCAGAAGUGACAAGCUCUCCCUGCCGGGCUUUGAGAAUCUCACAGCAGGAUACAACAAAUUUCUCAGGCCCAAUUUUGGUGGAGAACCAGUUCAGAUAGCACUGACUCUGGACAUUGCAAGUAUUUCUAGUAUUUCAGAGAGUAACAUGGACUACACAGCCACCAUAUACCUCAGACAGCGCUGGGCGGACCCGCGGCUGGUGUUUGAGGGCAGCAAGAGCUUCACUCUGGACGCCCGCCUCGUGGAGUUCCUCUGGGUACCGGACACUUACAUCGUGGAGUCCAAGACAUCCUUCCUCCAUGAAGUCACUGUGGGAAACAGGCUCAUCCGCCUCUUCUCCAACGGCACUGUCCUGUAUGCUCUCAGAAUCACAACAACUGUUGCAUGUAACAUGGACCUGUCUAAAUACCCCAUGGACACACAGACAUGCAAGUUGCAACUGGAAAGUUGGGGCUAUGAUGGGAAUGACGUGGAGUUCAGCUGGCUGCGAGGCAACGACUCUGUGCGCGGGCUAGAAAACCUGCGGCUUGCUCAGUACACCAUUCAACGGUAUUUCACCUUAGUUACCAGAACACAGCAGGAAACAGGAAAUUAUACGCGAUUGGUCUUGCAAUUUGAACUUCGGAGGAAUGUCCUGUAUUUCAUUUUGGAAACCUAUGUUCCUUCCACUUUCCUGGUGGUGUUAUCCUGGGUUUCGUUUUGGAUCUCCCUCGAUUCAGUUCCUGCAAGAACCUGCAUUGGAGUGACCACCGUGUUGUCAAUGACCACACUGAUGAUUGGGUCCCGCACUUCUCUUCCCAACACCAACUGCUUUAUAAAGGCCAUCGAUGUGUACCUGGGGAUCUGCUUUAGCUUCGUGUUUGGGGCCCUACUGGAAUACGCAGUUGCCCACUACAGCUCCUUACAGCAGAUGGCAGCCAAAGAUAGGGGGACGACAAAGGAAGUAGAAGAAGUCAAUAUUGCUAACAUCAUCAACAGCUCCAUCUCCAGCUUUAAACGGAAGAUCAGCUUUGCCAGCAUUGAAAUUUCUGGUGAUAACGUUGACUACAGCGACCUGACAAUGAAAACCAGUGACAAGUUCAAGUUUGUCUUCCGAGAUAAGAUAGGCAGGAUUGUUGAUUAUUUCACAAUUCAAAACCCCAGUAAUGUUGAUCGAUAUUCCAAACUACUAUUUCCUUUGAUUUUUAUGCUAGCCAAUGUAUUUUAUUGGGCAUACUACAUGUAUUUUUGAAAGUAUAUUGAAUUGUUUGCAUGCCAUAGGUCUUCAACUCAACAAGGUAAUGAUGUAGAUGGUAUUCUAAGCCAAGUGUGCACCCUAACCCAAUGGUGCUACAAGUUACCAAAAUAACAUUUGAGCAUUUCUCCUCAAAGAAUGGACCUCCAACCAUUAUUUAAGCUGUGUAGAAGUCCUAGUAUUACAGAGAAUUGUAAUAGAAACAUCAGCUCAUUCCUUUUUUAUCUUUACGAAGGACAUCCCCAUGAAGCCCAAGAUUACAAACCUCCCCAGGGCUGACUAUUUGCUCAGUGGCUCCCUGAUCUGCAUUUACCUCAUAUAAAAAGUGAGGAGACCAUCACAUGUAUUGAGUAGCCCUUAAGUGUCAGGGGUUUUUCUAAAUUAAUCAUACAUGCCAUUUACUAAAUCUCUGCAGUGCUUAUAAAAUGCAUUGUUGUCUAUUCAGGGAGUAACAUUUUCUGGUUUUUGUUUUUUAUCAAAAUGAAAUGUGGAAAUGUGGGCCUAAGUCAAUUCACUAGAAGUCACUGCACUAACUCAGUACGAAGAUGCGUGUUUAAUAUAGUAUUUCAUAGCACAGGAGAAUUGUCCCCAAAUUCCAACUAAGUCCUACCACUGAAAAAUCAAAUGUUUAAGUGAAGAAAAAUUUGGUGGAUCAAUAAUCUCAAACAUAAAUCCCUUGUUUCUAAGAUAUAGUGGAUUCUCCAAACUAGAAGGGCUCUGGGCCUUUAUUCCCCCAUUUGACAUGUCUUAUCAUUUUGCUAUUAUAUGCACACCAGUCCUAAACAAUGCUAAAGCCCUUUUCCCACAUCAGGUUUGCAAAUGGAAGAAUUUUUUUUUACUGAUUCCAGAAGUCUUAAUAUGGACCGUUGCCAUCAAGACUUGCAGAAUCAAGUUCAUUUCCAUCUGCUGCUCUGACACUGAGCAACACUUUGCCAGCAGCAGACCCCCUGCAUCCUUCCACGUGGAGCUUUUAUCCCUAUGCUCUAAUGACCAAGAAUGAUGCUCAUUAGACAAUGAGCUGCACUGCCCAGAAACAAGAGACUUAGCACAAGUAAGCUUGGCCUUGGUCCGAUCCCUGAUCCUUCUAGCUGGACUACUUGGAGUGGCUUAUCCUGCAUGAACAGGGGACUGUGGGCCCCGAGUCCUGAACUUUCUGAGUAAUAAUGGGGCUUCUUACAGAACCUACGUUCAGGCUGCAGGUGCACUGUCUUUUUCAAGUCCAGCCACUCUCACCCUAACAUAAGAAGCACAAGUGUGCAUCUCUCCCUGCUCCUUGGUCAAGCGCAGCCAACAGCACCAUAAGUAGAGAUUUGCAAGUGUGUCUUGAUAAAUGCUUCCAGUUCAGCCUCAAUCAUUUUAAAGAACCUUGCCAUCUUUAAUUCUUUAGCUUCUUUUCCUGAUAUAUGUAUGUCUUUUUCCUUCCUUUCAGAAAUAAACCAUGACUUUGGAAGAUCAUCUCUCUUCUGUAAAUCCCUG